AUGGCGUUCGAGGGUGUUCUUACUAAUGGUGCAUCUGAUAUGUUGAAAAAUCUGGUUACUCUACUUGGAAAUGAGAUUAGUCUUGCUUGGGGUGUCAAGGAUGACCUGAGAAUGCUUAAACAGACAUUAGAGGUCAUUGAGGCUAAAACAUCCGAUGCGGAGACCAAGCAGGUGAACGAUGCUGCGGUUUCACUUUGGUUAAAAAUGCUCAAACAAGUUUCUUACGAUGCUGAUGAUCUUCUGGAUGAAUUUUCUUACGAAGCUAUGCGCCGAUCUCAUCAUAAGAAAAGAAGGGAUGCUGAUAAAUCAGAGAUAGUUAAGCUGUUAACAACGAUGAGCAUGUCUUCGCCAUCUUCUUUACCAUCAAAUUCUUCUGUAAAUUCUAAUAUACAUGAAAAUGUCUCCGUCAUAUCCAUAGUUGGUAUGGGGGGACUUGGAAAGACCAGCCUAGCACAAUCCAUCUACAAUGAUAAAUCAGUAGAAAAAUACUUCGAAAAAAAAAUGUGGGUGUGCAUCUCAGAUGACUUCGAUGUGUUUAAAAUCUUAAAAAACAUUAUGGAGUCGGCAACUGGUUCUAGAUGUCAAGAUUUUUCAAACUUUGAUGUCUUUGUAAAAAAGGUUAUCGAAGAAUUACAAGGAACAAAAUAUUUGUUAGUUCUAGAUGACUUAUGGAAUGAAGAUCCCAUAGAAUGGAAUAAACUUAAGAGUGUCCUAGACUGCUGCGUUUCUGUUGGCAGCAAAAUUAUAAUCACUACACGCAGCCAAACAGUUGCAUCUGUGGUGCAAGGUUUAAUUCCUCCUUACAAUCUAAAUGUAUUAUCUGAAGCAGAGUGUUGGUCUAUCAUCCAGAACAGAGCUUUUUCUGCAUGA